AUGCAAUACAUCGCCCAUGCCAACAACGAGAAACACAUAGAUGGUGAGGUGGACGCCCUCUUGCGGUAUAUUCGAGAACAACGUGGAGAGCCAUUCCAGUUCAACUUCCCGAUGAAGGCGACCACCUCUAAUGUUAUCGGCACUGUCCUGUUUGGAAGUCGCCAAGAAUACGAUGAUCCCGUCUUUAAGCGUCUCCUGCAAGUCUUCCAAAAAGCCAUGUUAUUGAGCGGCCAGCUGAGCAUCAGGCAAUUUCUACCUUUUUUAUCUUUUAUUCCCUCAGUUGAUGAAAGAAAAGCCGCAUGGGGGGGGUUUUCGGACAUCCUCAACGAAAUGUUGGUUGAGCACAGAGCCACUUACAAAGAGGGGACAACUCGGGGGUUUAUAGAUGCGUUCAUUCACAAGAUUAUUGAAAACGAGAAUGGCGGCCAGAAUCUUUUCACAGAAGCCGACCUUCUACCAAGCCUGCUCACGCUGUAUUUCGCCGGCUCGGAUACCGUAUAUCUAACGCUUGCCUGGGGAAUGCUCUUCCUUCUCCACCACCCCGCCGUCUGUAAGAGAAUACAAGACGAAUUGGAUCGAGAAGUAGGGAAAUCCCGGCGUCCAACGCUUGCUGAUAGACAAAAUCUUCCAUACACCACCGCCGCUUUGAUGGAGGUACAACGCCUUAAUUUCAUUGCCCCGAUUUCGGGUCCGCACAAAGUGCGGAGAACGGUCAAUUUUCGGGGAUACACCAUCCCCGAAGGAACGACCGUCUUGGCCAAUCAGUGGUCAAUAAUGAUGGACGAGGAGAAAUGGCCGAAUCCGCACCAGUUCGACCCAUCGAGGUUUUUGGACGAGUUUGGGAACGUCAAGAAAAACGUGGCCUGGAUUCCGUUUUCUGUGGGAAAGCGCUCUUGUCCCGGCGAAGUGCUGGCCAGACAAGAAAUAUUCCUUGUGCUAACGGCCAUGUUGCAGGCGUUCUCGUUUCGGUCAUCAGAUGGCGAAGCUUUACCAGAAUGCGUCGGUAAAACAGGCUCACUUUACGUCUGUCCCGAUUUUCACGUCUGCGCCGUGCCAAGAUUUUAA